UCAAAAAAUGUCGCAACAAGAAAGUGAUCAGUCACUUGAUUCCCACAUAGAUGAUUUGAUAGAUAAGAUUGAUGUCAGUGACUGCAAUAAAAGGGAUGCAGAUUUCAAUUAUUCCCCACAUCUUUCUUCAAGUGAUAGUGAAGUAUCACUCUUAAAUCCAUCAUUAUAUGAUGAUGAAGAAUCAAUUUCAACACCCACAAAUUCUAAGAAGCUGAAAAUGGACUUUAAACAUCCUUUCAAAAAGAGGGCUUCACUGCCUCUCAUACAUGACUCAACUGGGAAGACAACCAUUAUCAAUACACAUACUGAAGAAAUAACCUUUAGCAAAAUGAACGAAUUUGAAGCAUCUGAAAUUACCAAGC